AUGCCCCUCACCGACCCCCGCGUCCGCGUGCAGCCCCCCACGCCCUCCACGGCGACCUCUGCGCGCUCAGGCACGCUGCCCGUCACCCCGACCACACCUGUCCCACCGCCCGUGACCGAGGUCCGCAGGAAGCGCAUGGCAAAGCUCGCGCGCACUCUGGGUGAGAACAUCCCCCUCGACCUCGUCUUUCCGCCCUCGCCCAAGUCUGCCGCGCCGCCGCCGCCGUCCGCGCCCCCUACGGCAAAGACUCGCAGACGGCGCAGCGCAUCCGUCGACCUCGGCGCCGUCGCACCGCGCUCCUCGCGCAUCUGGGUCACAGGCGACAACAGCUGGAUCGGCGAGUGGAACAGGCGCGACAUCCGCGAGGUCCAGCAGCACCUCCGCGUCCUCAAGCGCAGAUGA